AUGGAUUCUACACCUGAUAUUAAUCAUCAAGAACAGGUUUCCAUAGUCGUCAGAAUAGUUCAUAUGAAUUCUGAAGAAAGCCCGGAUCCGUCAAUUAAAGAAUACUUCUUAACUUUUAUCAAUGUCCAUUCAACGACAGGUCUUAAUCUCUCAAAUAUUUUGAUAAAUCAGCUAAGCAUAAGCAACCUAAAAUUGAGUGAUUGUAGAGGGCAGAGCUAUGAUAACGGGGCAAAUAUGAUCGGUCCCUACAAAGGCGUUCAGGCCAGAAUAUUACAAAACAACUCUAGAGCUUUCUUUGUACCAUGUUCCGCACACAGUUUGAAUUUAGUUUUAAGAGAUUCUGCAAAAAGUUCUACCAUAGCGAUAACAUUUUUUGGUUACCUUGGUAGAGUAUAUAAUUUAUUUUCAGCAUCUACUCAUAGAUGGGACAUUUUUAAAUCUCAUUGUCAGCUAUACACUGUAAAACAAUGGUCUGAAACACGAUGGGAAAGUCGCAUCAAUAGUGUUAAAGCUCUGCGUUUUCAAGUAGAAAAUGUGAUAGGUGCAUUAAAAGAAAUCAUGGAAACAUCUGAUGAUCCAAUCGCUAAAAGUGAAGCACAAUCGUUAAUAAAUGAAGUUGGAAGUUUUGAAUUUGUAUUAAGUCUUAUUAUUUGGUAUGAAGUACUUGUAGAAGUAAAUAUUGUAAGUAAGCAUUUUCAAAAUCCAAGUAUGCAAUUAGAUGUUUCAACUAAGAUGCUAGAAGGACUUAUUGCAUUUCUUAAAAAAUACAGGGAUAAUGGAUUUGAAACAGCUAUAGAGACUGCUAAGAAUUUAGCAAUUCGUAUUGGUAUUGAGCCUACUUUUAAAAGUCAUCGCUUGAGAAAAAAGAAAACUUUUUUUAAUUAUGAAAACCCAGAUGAAGUUCCACAAGAUUCAGAACAACGCUUUCGGACUCAAUAUUUUCUUGUCAUUUUGGAUUCAGCAAUAAUUUCAAUGUCAAAACGAUUUAAUCAAAUAAAUAAUUUCAAUUCAACUUUUGGGUUUCUAUACGACAUGAGUAAAUUAAAAACAAUGGCUGACACUGACAUUUUGAAACAUUGCCAAGAUCUUCAAACAGUGUUAACAGAUGGUGAAGAUAAAGACAUAGAUGCUAUAGAUUUGUUGGAAGAAAUACUUGUUCUUCGAGAAAUGGUAGACGAUAAUAUGACUACUUUAUAUACAUUAAAACUGGCGGGUUCCCACGUAACUCGACGAACUUCGCCCAGCGUGGUUGUUGUGCCUAGCCUACAUUUAUGCUCAGCAUACCACGAGCCUACAAUUUCUACAGCAUUCCCACGGACCGUGACUUGGCGAGCCACGAGCUUAUCAGAUUUCGCUUUAUGCCACCAAAUUUCUCAGUUCAAAAUGACUAGUACUGUAGACCAGACGCAGAGACGCUAA